AAUCAGUGUGGAGCAUGCAUGAGUCACUUCCUCAUGUUCACUCCCCUAUUAGACAGGAGGAGGCUAGUCUUAUUUAAGUGCUGUGGAAAAUGGUGGAGAGGACAGUGAGACGGCUCCAGUAGACAGAGGAACACAAACAGCUUUAUCCCUGGUGAGUAAACAUGUUCCGCCUCUGAUGUUGUUAAUCCGAUCCGUGUUUGGAGUGUGUGUAUAAGCUGAGUCAGCUGUGGCCAAAGGAAUGAAUAUGAAAGAUGGUUGAUUCAUGUCUGCGUGUGUGUGCUCUUGGGGAAUCAGGAAAUGAGAGGAACAGGCUUAAAAACAUGUUGAAAUUUGGUUUUAAAGAGCCUUAAAGUCCCUGGAAGUUAUCUGAACUGUUCAGGAUAGGAAAGAGCAUGAACUGUGAACCUCAAGUAGUCAUUUCCAGUCUUUCUUGUGUUACUACCAAGACACACCCACUGUUGUCCUGGAGUUAUUUUUCCAGCAGGACAACAUUUGGGAGGAUGAUCAAUGUCAAAACUAUGAGAACAAUUUGCUGGAUUAGAUAGAGCUUGUGUUUUUAAAUCCUACUAUCAUAAUUUUGAAAAGGUUUUUGCAGAUAUGUUCAAAUUCAUUACAGUAGACAGUAUGCUGGAAAAAAAACACUUCCCACACCACAAUUUUUUUUAAUUGGAGGGUUUUUAAUGGAUUGAUUGCUAUAUGUGCAACAAUUUGGAAGACUCAAACAAAAGCUGCAUCAUUUAAGCUCUAAGGAGUUAUGAAAUGAACUUUAAUUAAAACAGAUUCCCCAUUAGUAUAAAAAUUGUCUGAUUCUAUUAAGCUACUUUUGAUGUCCAAAGUCUGAAUGCAAAAGAUUUAUGAGUUUAUUUGAAAGUUUAUGAAUGUUAUCGUCUUAGGUUUGAAUAUUGGCUGGUUGUCAUUGCUGUCUAUCAUAUUAACCCACUAUUUAAGGUUUUCAGACUGUCAGCCAGACAAAACUACCUUUUAUUAAUUUACAAAAAGUUUGUGAGAACCAUUAAAUUUAAUGUUAUACUUAAGACUAAACAACUAGUCAAACUACCAGGAAAAUGCCGGAUGUGUUAUUGAUACUUGAUUGCUUUCCAGCGUGUUUUUCCUGCCCUCGUGUAACGUAGAGGCUCUGUUUGUUACUGUAGACAACAGGAGCCCUCAUGGUGAACUGUUGUUAGAAAUAUUCAGGUGUAAUAUGACUCGCUCUACGAUAUGGUGUGUGUGCAGCAGCUGGUGACAUGUGGGCCAAAGUACCAGUAACCUGAGAGUUAGCUGUGUGCUUAAUAUUUAUGGUAAUGCAAGAAGAAGAAGAAUAGGAAGAAGCAAUGUUUGACACUUGAGACCUUCUGUGACCAGUCCUUUUGUAUAAUCUGGUAUGCACACUACUGACUCAGCUCUAAACUACAUUUGGUUGUUUUUUGCAGCCUCCUGACCCCGUGUGUGUGAAUCUGACACUGGCAGAAGAACAGCAGCUGUGAUGGCUGACGCUGAAAAGAUCAAGCAAACCGCAGCAAAGGUCCUCCUCUGCGUGGAGAAGGUGUCCUCCUUCGCCUCGUCCGUCGACCCCAUCUUUGGUAUCGUCUCCUCUCUUGUUGGUGUGGCUCGUAAGGGGCUGGUGGAUGAAGAAAGCCACGCCCAUGAAGAGGAGUUUCAGGCAGUGAACUCCCAACUGGAGACUAUCUCCCAAAAGAAUCAGCAAUGCCUGAGGAAUAUUCGCAUUGCUGAGGUGAAUGAAACCUACGGAAGGUAUGAGGAGUACAUCAAGCACCAGUACGCCGCCUUCAACGACAUGGUGGCUCAGGUGAAGAGAGAACCAGAGAAAACAGAGCAGUUCUUUGAGAAGUAUGAGAAGAUUUACGAGAGAGAUAAGAGCGACCUAAGCCUGGAUGUGUACUAUCGUGGUGUGAUGGGCACCAACCUGCUGUUUGGGAGAACCCUGCUGAAGGUGUACUUCGACAACUGCGGAGGAGACCUGGAGAUCAUGGAGCGCCGCUGUUUACACAUCACCCACCUGUUCCACAUAGGCCUCAUAUCCCUCAUGGCCUACACGGCUGUUACAGAGGAUGAUGAGGAUGAAGUGCGAGAGAAGUGGGCAAAGAGGGUGGUGGAAAUCCAGCAGAAGAUGCAGGAGGUGCUGAGUCAGUGCACACCCAGGUCAUCCUGAACACGGACCAGCAGAGAGAGGAUCUCCUCUGUGUUUUCAGGGAACACUCAGAACUCUCCGCUGUGGACAAAUAUCAAAAUAAAAGUGAUAUUAUAAUAUAUGACUAUCUAUACAUAAAACCAAAGCCAUGAUUUCCUUUUGUGAUAUUGUUCUAGCAGCAUUUUAGUUAUUACUAUGACUUGUAAUUUUAUUUUUAUUUCAGAUACCACUAUCUGUUGCAGCUGAUUGUGUUACUGCAUGUAUGUGCUGAAGUUUUGUACAAUCCUUUGAAUUAAAAUGCACAUUCCAGAAGUUGAUCAAGUCGCGUUUUUUGUAUGCCGUUCUAUCUCUAACAAAUUAAAUUCUUGAUAGACAACAAA